UUUCAGUUGGAGGAAGAUGAUGUGAAGGGGGAUUCUGAAAUCAGUGAUAAAAUUAAGAGACAGAAGAAGACUCGUUCCACUCAGUCUCAUAGCCACAGUGAAAGGUUGAGAAGGGAGAGACUCAAGCUUAAGAUGAAGACUCUUCAAGAACUCAUUCCCUAUUGCAGUAAGAGAGACAAACAGUCCACAUUCGACGAUGCUAUAAAAUACAUAAAGACACUACAAAAUCAAAUUAAGGUAAUGGCAAUUGAAGGAGGCUACUCCACAAUGAAUUCUCCACAAACCAUGGUUUCAAGCCCUGCACUAAUCCCACAAACCUGCCCUCCCGGGACUGAAACACUACACGAGAAUGAGACGAAAAUGGGGACAUCGGAGUUUCUGGCCGGAUUUCCCGAUCCAUAUCUCCUGCCAGUGUCUGGACUGCCUCCACCGGAUGGAUACUCAACAAUUCAAAGCCCAUUGGACUUCAGUUCUCCAAUGGGGAUCGUAACGCCAUUGUGCCCCACUAGCCAUCCAUUGGACUUCACUUCUGCGGCGAACACAACGCCGUUGUGUCCCACCGGCUUAGACUCUCAUGGAUCGAGCCCAUCGUCAUAAAGGGCCACAAGCAAGUUCCGUUCUACCGAGGAAGAAGGGUCGGUAAUGUUAUUUUCCAAUGGCGUGGCGGCUGCUAGGG